AUGAUAUAUUCUUUCUUUUCGAUCAUUUUUUUUUUUCGUUUGUAUAUCAUCUAAGUAUAUAAUAUAUUUUACAGCAUUUUUAUGUUUCCUUUAUCUGUGCUCCUUUAAUCCAGAUAAUACUUGUUUCUUCGAAACAUUUCUGUUUUCGAAAUCUUUUCUUAUAUCGAACAGAUUCAUUUUUAAAAAUGACAAAGUUUGCUUAAAAAUAUGAUUCCGUUGUAAUUAUUAUAGAUAUUUUUAGUUCUUUUAUUUCUUUUUUUUUUCUUUUUUUUGUAAGAAAGAUCAGUAUCUAUCAGGUAUCUGAAAAAGAGAGAAUGUGAAAUAUACAUAAGCAUGGUUCGCGUCAUUCCUUGCUUCGGAACCCGUUACUUUCUCGUUCCUCUUCGCAUCGAGGGACUCAAUCCUGCCCCUCACACCCCUUCUUCAUUCUCGUUCCAGUUGAAACUCGCAACUCGUGCGAGGGAAAAGUGGAUUCCAAAAUACUCUGGAAUUUUUAUUAUAAAAUCUAUUGGUCGAAUCGAACGAUCCAACAUUCAUCGAAUUUUCUUUUACAUUUCUCGAAAACUCUCGAAAACUAUCGAUCAGUAUCGAUUAUUGCCUCGCGUAAAAAUGUUAUUACGAUUCCGUUGCUUGAUAUGAAAUGUCAACACGUAUGCACGAACUUCCUGUGCUCGAACGGUAUCAAACGAAAGCCGUUUGAGACAAUAAUGAUUACCAUUCGAAUUUGAACUUAAUUCCCGAAGAUUCUGAAGUAACAUAUUGGAAGAAUGCUGAGCUUUGAAAUUUACGAUCUAAUCGAAUCGUUCCCUUAUUAUUUAGUCAUAUCAGAAUUUUUUGAUUCAUGCAGAAAAUAUUGGUUUCUCUAAAAAAAUUGUUGUCACCUUUAAAAUCUAUGGGUUAUCUCGGAACUUUUGAUCCUCUUUAAAUUUAGCCGAUAAACAAAAUAUUGUGAAGAUAUCAAUAUUGUUAUAUUAUCUGGAAAGAUAAAUACUAAUCUCUGAUAGUAAAAUUAGAAAAAUUCAAGUAGAAAAAUGGGAUUCUUUAAAUAUAUAUAUAUAUAUAUAUAUAUUUCAAUUAAAAUCAUAUUGUCCUUAUGAAGACUUGUUCGUCUUAGAAACGAUGUCGUCUAAAACGAUCAAGAUGUUGAUCACGAUCCUUGUACCGGUAGGUGACGAUGACAAUUAUUUUCUCUUUUAGUACGGUACUUCGAGCUAGAUAAUAAUCCCAACUUUGUUUUAUCAUAAAAUGUAUUUAUCUAUUUCGUUAUCCAUCAAUAAACAAAUUUAUUUAUUGAAUGUAUCAUUAUAUAUGAGAUAUUUUUAAAAGUAGAACGUUAUAUCAUCGAUCGAAGGGUCAAUAAGCCAGCCAAUAAGAAUAUGUUACGAACGUGACCGAUUUAUCAAAGUAACUUCUGUUGUUUCGUGCCGUUAUAUUCACGAUCGAAUGAUGAUGGAUCGUUUUUAGGUCACCUAAGAAUAUUAUCGUUGCCUUCGUUUAAACUUGCAAUUUAAUAUCUCCAAGAGUACAUUCGAGAAGUAUAUCAUUUUGCACAAAGGAUUAGAUUCUAUCCUUUCUCUCUCUUUCUCUCCUUCUUUUUUCUUUUUUUUUUUUGUAAUAUUAUUUCUUUCUUUCUAAACGCUAGUAAUAUCAAUAAAGGAAUGAAAGUAAAAUAUAACCCUUUUGUUAUCAUAUUUGUAUUUACUAAUCGAGCGGAUCAUUGUCCUUUCGUUUACAUUGAUCGCGAUAAGAACAUCUGUGUCACUGACCUAUUCGAUAUUAAAUAUCGUAAAUAUUAAUCGACACUUGUAUAUUCGAUUAAUUUUUUCUGCAAGAAACAAAUAAAAAGACAGCCGGAAUUUUUUACAAGUUUAGAGAUUAACAAUUGAAUAAUUAUCUGUAUUACGUUCAAUACAUAUUUUUAGAUUCUUCAGAUUCAUCGUAUGGAUCGAUGUUCAAAAAAAAAAAAAAACGAUGACUAAUAUGAGAGAAAGAAAGAAAUUUAUCGAAAUUCGGUAGAAAAAUAAAAUUUCUUUUUAAUGACAUUACAUUAAAAGAGCAGUAGUCGUAAAUGAUUGUAAAUUGCAUUCUAUGCGAUCAUAAAUAAUACACGAGUCUAAUAAUCUCUUUGAUAUUUCUUGAAAUUCCAUUGGGAAGCUACAGAAGGUAACGUUACUUCGAGAGUACCGAGAGUUACUUGUGCUUGCUACUUUCGUCCUUGUGAAAUAUACGACGCACGAUGAUUUUAAUCGCGCACUUUGCACGUUAAAUAUCGUCGCUCGUGUUUAUGCCAUAAACGCAUUAUGUUAAAGGUAUCAUUAUCGCAUCGUGCGGAGUGUACAUUGUAACGAGUAAAAAUAUCUUUGGGCUGGUUUGCAUCUUGUCUGUCCUACGAAGACCACUUAUUGAUAAGAAAAAAGAGGAUAGAAAAGAAUUCAGUAGCAUUGACGCGAUACAUAAAUGUAACAAAAUAACACCGAUAUCACCGAUAUAAGCUAAUCACCUAUUUAAUAAAUAUACGUAAAUAGAUCGUAGUAAUAAUAAUAAUAAUAAUAAUAAUAAUUUGAUAAUGACUGACUUUUCCAGUAAUGGACCUUAUUUACAAAAUGUGACAAACGUUAAUAAUAAUGAUUUUGAUAAUGAUUAGCCUCGGUAGAUUUGUAAUGUAAAAAAAAUGAAUUAAAUGUCUAUAGAUAAUAAUAUGAUAUCGAUCGAACAUGUCCAAAGACGAUGUUUCAAGUACGAAGAACUUGCGACAGAGAGUAAGAGAGAGAGAGAAAGAGACAGAGAAAGAGAGAGAGAGAAGGAGCAGAAAGAAGGUUGUAGAAAAAAGAGAAAGAGAGAGGAAGAGAUUAGAAGUGGAUUCAAGCUGGGCAAUGCGCGAUAAGCAGUGCAAAUUUGUUGUCGUAGCGCACGUCGUUUAAAGCUAAGUGAAAAAUUUACGUGCUAAAAUAUUAGCAAAGAACGCAACGCGUUUUCCUUGGUAUCUCAUCGCACGGUGCAAACAUUUCUAAGGCUCUGACAGGUACUGUAUGUGACUCGAUGGUGCCAGCGAACUUCGUUUACACAGUCUCGAGUUAAAUACAAGUAUAAAGGGACAAGUGAGCCUGAGUUGCAGGCCAUUUUGUUAAAAUCACGAUGGAGAACAGUCGAGCACUCGUACUUGUUUCUUUAAUCUUCGUUAUAUUUUCGAGUAUCAUUUGGAACGAGUCAUAUACGGUAAAAGCCGAUUCUGAGGCUACUACCACCGAAGAAAAUACAUCGGAAGAACAAAAGUUAAUUCUCGAUUGUCAACAUCCUAAUUACAGGACAUAUAUUAAGUGUCUUAAGUAUCCGAGUUUUAAAGGGAACAAAGUGAAGAGGCAUCAUCAUGAAAUAUCACCGGAAAUGGAUCAUCAUUGCAUGGAGAUAUGUGUUAAGUCCUGCGAAGCUAUUUCAAGUCAUGAAUGCAAUCAAAAGUGUUCUCAUUGUAUAAGAAGAGCGAAACAUAAACAUCAGAUCAUUACGGAGUACGAGACCGAGUGUAUAGAUGGAGAUUGUAAAGGUAGUGAGAAGCCUGCCGUGGGUACGACAAAUAUUACAACGAAUAUUGAAUUAAACAAUGUCAUCAACACUGGUACAGAGCGUCCAAAUGGUGGAGCGACUCCACCAAGUCAAGACAAUUGUAAUUGCACUAACUGUAAAGGAUGUUCGUCAAACUGUUGUCCUCCUGGAGGUAUUAAUGGAGGGAAUAUUGGUGGAGGUCAUGGUGGAGGUUAUGGUGGAGGUUAUGGUGGAGGUUUCGGUGGAGGUUUCCAAUUAAGUUUGGUACCACAAUUAAGUCUGGGAUUAGGCUUGAGUCCCUCUUUUGGUUGUGUUCCUCCUUAUCAUUGGUUUUGUUAUCAGCCAUCGCCUUAUCAUUACCCUCAUGAAAAGGAUUGCUCUGUAUGCUAUAAUCCAGUAUUACGAUACAAAUGUGACGUAUCUUGUCAGAUGCAGCUUGGAAAUAGUUUUCCAUAUACUCCACGGAUGAAAAGAGAUGAACAACUUUGUAAAAGUCCACAUUGUAUCGGAGGAACUUAGUUUGUUUCGAUGAUUAAAUAAUCACUUAGCAGUAGAAUGAAUCACUAUACUGUCAUACUAUCUGGAUAGAAAUAGAAGAAAUCUAUUUAAUGUUGUGGAAAAAAAAGAGGUAUAGGUCGCAAGCUAUAGUUUCUACAUAUUACGAUUUAUAUAGUAAUAUAAGAUCAUUGUCGAGCGUUAUAUAAAUUAUUUAUAUUCUAAAUUAUGUAAUAAAAAAGAAAAGAGAACGUUAUGAAGAAUA